UUCUCGAUCAGCGGAAGUAGGAAAUGUGAAAAGAAAACCUAAAAGAGGGAUCAUCCGGUUCGUUCCAAAAAGUACCUGUGAGAGUGUGUAGUAUUAGGCCUAGCAUUCAACGCACCAAAAGAGAAAGGAAGUUAAGGGGAUUGUUUGCUUGUGUGAUCAGAUGAAUGCAUGAUGUCUCGAGCACCACCACAACAGCAGCAGGCAUUGCGUCGAGCAAGAAAGAGACCUGCAACUCCAGUUUAUGCUGGACAAGAAGGAACAUACAAGAACAUCAACAGUGACUUUAUUUGCCCAAUAUGUUUUGACCUCAUUGAUGAAGCAUACAUGACAAAAUGUGGACAUUCAUUUUGCCAUGAAUGUAUAGAGAGGAGUGUGGAGAGGAACAACAGGUGUCCUAAGUGUGGAGUGCCUAUAGAAAGUCCUGGCCAUAUAUUUCCUAACUACACCUUGAUGGACUUGAUAAGAAAACACAAAGCCGACGAACAAAACAACACCCUAUCCAAACAGUUGACCUUACAGGACUGGCAGUGCCUGUCGCAGGACUGGGACCUAGGGGAGAUCAACAAUGUCAUGUCACUCCUCUUCCUCAGGAAGCAGCGGCUAGAGCAAGGCUUGAAAGUUGCAGAGACAAGGAUAUUAAAGAACUUCCUGGAGGAGGUGCGGGAUCGCAAAGAGAAGGAACUUGAAAAAGUCAAGCGUCAGUUGGAAUUUUUAAAUCAGGACUGCCUGUCUGUUGGGGAGACUCUUCGAGAUUUUGAACAGAAACAGCUUGGGUGCCCAGAUCACCUGGUGCCCAACAGUUUAUCCUUGACAUCAAUCGCUGGUAGCAGUACAAGCAGCAGUACUGCUGAAACAUCUACCUCAGACAGAAUAGUAACCGCCGCCACAAAUUCCAGUAUACCAGAAUCAUUUGCAGGGGGGCCUACGGCACGCCCGACUGUUGAAAUGUCAGAGGCAAGAAAGAAAAGAAAAGUCAGCCAACACUUUGAAGACCUGGAGAAAGUCUAUUUAGAAACCAGGGGAGGUCUUGGAUUAGGUGGUGAGAGCGAUGGAAGCCUGGAUGAGUUUGCCACCUGCCUGUCAAAGUUCUCCCAGUACACGUCCAUCAGAGCUGUGGCGAGCCUGAACUACACACAUGAAGUCUUUACAAACAGUUCCUCUAUUGUCUCAAGCAUAGAGUUUGAUAGAGACUGCGAGUUCUUUGCCAUUGCUGGGGUGACCAAGAAAAUUAAAGUCUUUGAGUAUGGUAUUGUGAGAGAUGCUGUAGUUGACCUGCAUUACCCUGUCACAGAGAUGAGCUGUACUUCAAAGAUCAGUUGUAUUGCAUGGAAUCCCUAUAAGAAGCACAUGCUAAGCAGCGCAGACUAUGAUGGGAUAGUGUACAUGUGGGACACCAGCACCAACCAGAGAACACAGAUGUUUCAGGAACAUGAAAAGCGCUGCUGGAGUGUUGACUUCAACCGUAUGGACCCAAAGAUGCUAGCCUCAGGCUCGGAUGACACCAAAGUGAAACUCUGGGACUGGGACAGAUCUCAGUCAGUAAUGACAAUUGAAGGUGGUGCAAAUGUUUGCUGCGUAAAAUUCAACCCCACAACACGCUACAACCUAGCUUUUGGCUCUGCAGAUCACUGUGUACACUACUAUGACCUCAGGCACCCAAAGAAAGCUGUCAAUGUGUUCCGAGGUCACGGCAAAGCUGUCUCAUACGUCAAGUUUCUAAAUGGAAAUGAUAUGGUUUCUGCGUCAACCGACAGUCAGCUCAAGUUAUGGAACUUGAAUCGACACAACGCUAUAGCCACUUUUAAAGGCCACAUCAAUGAGAAAAACUUUGUUGGGCUGGCCACAGAUGGGGACUACAUCGCAUGUGGUAGUGAAAACAACUCGUUGUACUUGUACUAUAAAGGUUUGUCUCGCCACAUCCUUACAUACAAGUUUGAACCUGCCAGAAAACUUAUUGAAAAACCUGGCAAGGAAGAUGACUCAGCAGAAUUUGUCAGUGCUGUCACAUGGAAAGCUGAUUCUAACAUACUUGUUGCAGCAAACAGCCAGGGUCUUGUCAAGUUGCUGGAGUUGGUUUAAGGACAUGUAAGAACAGGGAGCUGCCACCAGUUGUCCUCAGUUCUACCUUACAGUCUUUCAUUUCUUGUCCUCUGGAAGUGACUCUCUAUGGAGACGAACACAUGUGGUGUGGGAUUGGCCAGUUACUGAGAACAGUUUGACUAAAAACGAAUUUGUGAUUAGGGCCUAGAAGGUUGUGUUAGUUUUUUAAAAACUAUUCUCAAAAUAAUUGACUAAUUAUUUAAAAGAAAACAUAAUUUAGAAAUCAAAAUUGAAAGUAUGAUUAAUUAUGAAAAUCAAGAAACUUUUACAUAUCACUGAAUAAGUUAUAGAUAGUGCAUUAGAUGGACUCAUUCUAUUUGACCAGGUACUUUUAGUGUUGUUAAAAUUGAUGAGGCAAAAAUGUUGUUUUAUUCUGAGUUGUGUAUGUUGGGUUACUGGUAUCUUGAGACUGAGAUCAGCUGUAGAACAUCCCUUCUAAAAUCCAAUGCAAAGAUUACCUAUCAGACCUCAUUAUAUCUAUAUUUGAAUAAGUAAAGUAUAUUUACCUCAACUAAUUUUAAAUCCAUUUGUAUCCUAUUUCUGUCAAUUGCUUUUUUCUAAUGUGGCAGUCUUUUUAAGCAGCUUACUGCCAUUUCUAGUGGGACAUAGAGGACACAAGUUGAACUGUGAUGAAUGAGUGCCUAUGGUUGUUAAAAUUUCAUGUAUACUUAGGUGUUUGUCAUAUAAAAAUUUCUUCAUGUUCAUGAUAGUAUUUGUUUUGUCAAACUGAUCGGCAGCUGUCGUUUUUAACAUAAGAUUGUUGGUCAGAUUUUAAACAGCAUUAGUUUAAAAGAAAUUGACCAAUGGUAGAAAAAUAUAGUACGAAAAUAAAAAUAUAUUGUUUUAUCUAGAAUAUUUUACUUUUUAAAGUGUUAUACAAAAUUUGGGACAAAUAAAUGUACUAAAUGAUAUUCUUUAUACUUUUUUUCUGAACUGUAGUUGGAAAGAUAUUCUAUUAUUUUUCCAAAACUACCUUUGCUCUGUUACUGUUAGUUGAUCUGACAUUAUUUUCUGGUGGGAAAGACUAGGGCAUUACACCUGCAGACAUUUUGUUUGCCUAUUUGAAAGCUUCCAACCUUCCAUCUCUCUGUCUUCAAGUCCCAAGUUGCUGUCCUUGCUAAUUUGUACAGUAGUUUAUCUCACUGAGAUCUAUGUUGUAUGACUUUAAAUAUGAUUCUCUUCCUUUGAAUUUUACCAGUUCUUUUUAUUUUUAGUAAAACUAUUCUUUGACCUCCAGGUGUGAGGCAUACAAAUAAUUUUUUUUAUUCCACAUGAUUUUUUUUCUUGUUCGUCUUUGGUUUAUAUAAUUGUGCCCCUUGCCUUAGCAGUUAACUGCCACAAAAAAAUAGAUCUCUUCUGCUGCUGAUGUGAUUCCAGUUGAAUGCGAGUUUUGUUUCAUCUUAUCAAUCGUUUUAACUUUUUAAGGUUCCACUGAUAGGGAACAUGUGUUGUUUGGGGAAACAACACAAAAAGCCCAUUUAUAUUUUUUUUAGUUUUAGGUUAUUCUUUUUAAAUUAUCUAACUUUUGUAAGAUUAAAAUUAUAUCUGAUUUGUAAUGUAUGUACAUAAAUACUGAAAAUUUAUAAAACGUAAUCAAAGUUAUUUUUUUUAUUCAAGAGCCAGUUUGUUUGUAAGACUCAACCCUUACUGCAGUAGUGACAUGACAUUAACAUGGAUUAACUCAACUGUUGAUGUUUAGUUAAUGAUUUCUUUUUUGUCUUGUGGGAAACACUGAAAAACAAUUUGACAUACGCAAGUCAAAACAGUUCAUAAUCCAUUAUUAUUUGUAUUAAAAUGGCAUGUUUGAUCUUAUUUUUUCACUGGUUCACACUUGUUAGACUUAUUAUUCUCAAGUAUGAUCAUGUAGUUAUAUAUGAUGAAAUUUUGAAAUCAUGUCUGAAAUAUUGGUGUAGUGUUAAAGUGUAUAUUUGGCUGCAUAUCAGAAUAUGUAUAACAGAUGAAAUGUGGGGAGGCAAUGGACCAAUACUCCUCAACUGUUUUUUAUUUAUUGAGAAAAUAAAAUUGCUA